CUUUUACUCAACUGCUGAAGAAAGCUUCUUUAAAAGUGCAAAAUGUUUAACAAAAUGAGCAUAAUCAACAAAGGCAUUCUUACUCAUUCGUUUAAGAAUAUCAAUCGCAAUUUCAAUAAGAAUCCAGAAAUAGCCUAUACAAUUAGAGAGAAAAUUCCAUCGCCCCUUUACAUAACAACUCCAAUUUUUUAUGUUAAUGCUGAACCACAUUUAGGCCAUUUAUAUUCAAUGCUACUAUGUGAUAUUAGAAACCGAUGGGAAUUAUUGUCAGGUAAACAAUCGUAUUUUACAACUGGAACUGACGAACAUGGUUUCAAAGUCCAAAUCGCUUCAAUAGAAAAGGGAUAUGAUAAUCCAAAGAAAUUUGUUGAUGAAUUAUCUUUGACUUUUAAAAACUUGGCUGAUGCUGCUAAUGUUAAAUAUGAUCGAUUUAUAAGAACUACCGACAGUGAUCAUUAUGAUACUGUUAAAUUUUUUUGGAAUUUAUUAUUAAAGAAAAAAUAUAUAUACAAGGGUGAACAUUCUGGUUGGUAUUCAAUAUCUGAUGAAACAUUUUAUCCAGAGAAUGCAAUCGAGGAAAAAAUUAACAUCCAGACUCAAAGGAAGAUGAUGCUAUCAAAGGAGACAGGCAAGGAGGUUACAUUUGAAAAAGAGAUUAAUUACUACUUCAAAUUGAGCGAGUUUUACAAAGACAUUUUAAAAAUUCUUGAAAAGAAACACGAUUUUAUCAUUCCACGUUCAAGGCAAGAUGAAUUAAUUAGUGAAUUGAAAAAAAUGGGGAAAUUAGAUGAUUUGAGUAUUUCAAGACCUUCAUCAAGACUACAAUGGGGAAUUCCUGUACCAAAUGAUCCAUCUCAAACGAUUUAUGUCUGGUUCGAUGCAUUGCUCAGUUAUUUAACUGGCGCAGCAUAUCCAUCAAAAAAAUUUAAAAGUAAAUGGCCUGCAAUUCAUCUAAUUGGAAAGGAUAUUAUCAGAUUCCACUGUAUUUACUGGAUUGGGUUUUUAAAAGCCGCCAAUAUAACGCUUCCUCAGCAGGUUAUCAUCCAUGGGCAUUGGUUAUCAAAUGGUAUCAAAAUGUCAAAAUCAAUUGGCAAUGUUGUUGAUCCCAUUGAUAUUAUCAAGUAUUAUGGGAUUGAUCCUGUUCGGUUUUUUUUAAGUGAAACGUCGGUUUUAGAACAUGAUGGGGACUUUACUGAAGAAAGAUUGUUUGAUUCAAGAGAAAAAUUGAUUAGUAAAUAUUCAAAUUUGUUGAUGAGGUCUUGUGGUUCCAAUUUCGACAUCCAGAGGGCAUUGGAAAGAUAUGGCAAGAUGAAUCUUAGCAGAAUCAAAAUGGAAGAAUUUCCAUUGUUUGACAAGUCUGUGAUUGAGGAAAUCAAGCAACUACAAGACGAAUUGAACCAAUUGGCCAAAAACAUUGGCAAAUCGAUGGAGAAUUUCAACUUGCAUUCAGUAACCAAUAACUUCAUAAGGAUAUUGAGUCGAAGCAACAACUUGUUCCAACUCUGUGAGCCCUGGAAGCUUGGAGAGCUGCGUGAGCACCAGGACUUGGUGAUCUACUUGAGCACUGAAACUGUCAGGAUCUUGUCCAUAACAAUGCAGCACGUCAUUCCAGAGUUGAGCAACGCUGUGUUGGAUCGAUUGAAGGUUGUUAGAACCAGAAGAACCAUUGAGUUUGCCAGAGUUGGUGCUGAUGAGGCCUAUGGUGCCUCAGCCAAUCGAGGAGGCGACCAUCCCAUCACCAGAAUCACUAAAAGAACCAGCAGCUAUCCAGACAUAACCAUCAAGCACCAGAAGGCCAGCUAG